CUAUCAAUCUCUCUCUCUCUCUCUCACACACAUACACACAUGGAGAUGAGGAGGCUCUCUCUGUUUCUGGUGCUUUGCUCAAUAGUGUUAGCCAUGCCGGCAGUGUACGGCACUGCCCAAGGUCCAAAAGAGGUUGAAGAAUGGUUCCAAAUCCAAAAGCUUCGCCGUGUAAAGGAAAAGGUGACAAAGCUUCACUUCUACUUCCAUCAAAAACUUAACGGCGAGAACUUAACUGCCGCAACGGUAGCCAAAGCCAACAUGACCGAUACAUCACCCACCUUCUUUGGUUUAGUUAACGUGAUUGAUAAUCCGUUAACAGUCAAGCCCCGACGGUCUUCCAAUGAGAUUGGUCGAGUGAAGGGACUGUACGCUGCAGCCUCACUAGAGGAAGUGGCCCUAUCUUGUGUCCUUAACUUCGUCUUCACCAAGGGAAAGUACAAUGGCAGCUCUCUAAGCCUAUUGGGUAACGACCCGUACCGGCUUCCCGUCCGGGAGAUGCCCAUCGUCGGUGGGUCUGGUGUUUUCCGACUGGCUCGUGGAGUUGCUAAGUUUAGGACCUAUUUCGUAGGCUUAGGGGCACCUCCUCAAAAUGUUACUGUGGAGGUGGAUAUUGUGGCCCUGCACUACUGA